GCGUUCCUUCGCCGUCUGUGCUUCUCUUUUUUGUUUUUGUUGCGUCAUAAGCUAGCUAGAACCUAACUGAAGGUGGGGGGAAGGAAAAAGAGGAACACAAUUAGCGGUUAGCAUGUUGCUGCUUCCUGUUUCGCAUCAGAAGACAAGCCGAAGCGGACGGCAGAAGCAUGAAGAAGUUCCUCGCCAUCAUUGUCAUCAUCGUCAUCGCCAUCAAUGGCGUGGUACCGGCUGUGCCGCCGACGUCCCCGCCUCUGAUCCCGGACCACCCGUUUGUGGCCGUAUGGAACGCCCCCACGGAGCAGUGCCAGCAGCUCCACAUCCCGCUGGACACGUCCGCUUUCCAGGCGGUCACCACGCCCACCCCCGUUCCCGGUCAGUUCCUGACCAUUUUCUACGAGCGCCGCUUGGGCCUGUACCCCAAAAUCGACGGUCCCCGGCGUAAACGCCAAGCGGGAGGCGUCCCCCAGAACGGCAACCUGACGGCGCAUCUACUGCGAGCUCGCGGUCAAAUCGAUCACAUCAUCGCCGAGGAUGAUUCCCCUGGUCUCGCAGUCAUCGACUGGGAAUCCUGGCGCCCCUUAUGGGACCAGAAUUGGGGGUCCAAGCGUAUUUACCAGAAGCUCUCCCUCGCUAACGCCCUCCAAAUGACCCCAUUUUUACCCAUGAAGAAAGUCUCCCAGGAGGCCGUGAAUCAAUUCCAGCAGGCUAGCCGCCGUUUCAUGGAGCGAACCAUCAACCUGGGGGUGGGCGAGCGACCGAGCCGCCGCUGGGGCUUCUACUUGUUCCCCAACUGCGACAACUACAAUUGGAAGAAGCCCAACUACACCGGAAAGUGUUCCGGAAAAUCCCGGAAACAAAACAACCAGCUGAUGUGGCUCUGGGAGCGCAGCACCGCCCUUUUCCCGUCUAUUUACCUCCACCCGGCACUCAGGGACUCGCCCCGGGCGGCACUGUACGCCCGUUACCGAAUUCGGGAGGCGUUGAGGGUGGCGGCGCUGCCUAAGCGCCCGUACACGGUGCCCACCUACGUGUACUCAAGACCGCUGUAUCGGGGCCAGACCGCCAUGUUUGAGAGCCCGACGGACCUGGUGAGCACGCUCGGGGAGUCGGCUGCCCUGGGGGCGGCCGGGGUGGUCAUGUGGGGCGGAAGCAAAGACUACAACAACAAGGGGUCCUGUCAGGCGCUGUCCGACUACCUGCGAUCCACGCUCAGCCCGUACGUCGCCAACGUGACGGCGGCCGCCAUGCUCUGCAGCCAGGCCUUGUGCCAGGGGCGGGGCCGCUGCAUCCGGCGGAGCUUCAACUCCUCCCACUACCUCCACCUGGACCCCGCCCACUUCAGCAUCAUGCGUUCCGACGGGAAGUACGUGGCGGUGGGGCUCCCGUCCGACGACAACCUCCGAGGCUGGGCUCGAAACUUUGCGUGUCAGUGCUACGCCGGGCGCCCCUGCGGGGUCCACCUCACCCCUCCCCGCGGCAUCCGGGUCAUCAGGGUGUGAGGAGCGCCCCCCCCCGGCCUCCAAUCCAUCAUGAAAAAAAUGCUUUCAUCAUCAUCAUAAAAAUCAAGCUUUUUCCAUUUUUC